ACUGAGACUAGUGUCUGCUAUGUCGACGCCACACACGGCAGAGGCCUUGGCCUGAUCAUCAACAACCGUCAAAUCUUAAAACACAUCUCUCUGCCGAUCUGUUUGACGUCCAGAAGACUCUCGCGCGCCAGCCUUACUCUCGCGCGUUAAGGGCGAUCACGGCGCGACGAGCGACUCGCGGCCAUGGCGCAACACGGCGAAGCAGAUGGCUACUACAACGAUCCGAGCGCAUAUAAUGCGAAGCAGUACCCCAUGCAGCAGCAACCCUACAACAACGGACAACCGUACGGUGGGCCGCAAUGGAUGCCUCCACCACCAAAUUAUCAACAGAAUUUCGGGCAAUGGCAGGAGAAGCCAACCUUCGAACAAGCAUUCAAAAUCGACAAGCCCAAAUGGAACGACCUUUGGGCUGGCAUUCUGCUAAUCCUGGUGUUUGCUGGAUUCGUCGCGAUCUCCGGGAUCAGUCUCCAAGGCUACGCUGCAACCAAAGGCUUCAAUGGCGGGUCUAUUUACGGCUCGCAGAACGACUUCGGUCUUGAUACCAACACUAUUGUGUUAUUCAUCUUCUGCUUGUGCGUUGCGCUGGUGCUUGGGUACGCCUACAUCAGCCUCGCGCGUCUGUUCACCAAGCAGUUCAUCUGGAUUACCGGCAUUCUCAAUAUUGUCUGGGGUCUCGUUACGGCACUUUACAUGCUUUACCGACACUACUGGAGCGGCGGUAUCGUCUUCCUCAUCUUCAGCAUCUUCACGAUCAUAUGCUUCAUCUCCUGGAUUCCGCGGAUACCGUUCAGUGUCCUGAUGCUGCAGACGGUCAUCGAUGUUUCGAGGAAGUUCGGGCAUGUAUAUCUAGUGUCUUUUCUCGGUGGACUAAUUGCGGCGGCUUUCGGUGCAUGGUUCAGCGUAACGCUUGUCGCCGUCUACGUCAAGUUUGAGCCUGGAAGUAACCCGGCAUGCAACACAUCUGCUGGUGGGACGGGAGGCUGUAGCUCCGCGACUGUUAUUGGACUUGUAGUGUUCAUCACAUUUGCCAUGUACUGGGUCAGUGAAUGGCUCAAGAACACCAUCCACGUUACGAUCUCUGGUGUGUAUGGAGCGUGGUACUUCACGCCCAACAACCCACCAAAGGGACCCACGAGGGGUGCCGCCAGGAGAGCGUUGACUUACAGUUUCGGCUCGAUCAGUCUGGGCAGCCUCCUGGUAGCCAUCAUCAACAUGCUUCGCCAGGCAUGUUCGAUUGCUCAACAGCAGGAAGCAAACAGUGGCAAUUUUGCGGCCAGCUGCGCGUUUUGCAUCCUGCAGUGCAUCAUCGGUCUGCUCGAUUGGGCUGUACAGUUCAUCAACCGCUAUGCGUUCAGCUAUAUGGCUCUUUACGGCAAAAACUACAUCGAAUCUGCGAAGGAUACCUGGCGGUUGAUCAAGGACCGUGGUAUCGAUGCUCUCGUCAACGAAUGUCUUAUUGGUCCUGUACUCACCAUGGGCGCAACAUUCGUCGCCUACGCUUGCGCCUUACUAGCGUACCUCUACCUCGUCUUCACCGAUCCAGCUUACAACUCGAAUGGCCAGUUCACACCGGUCGUUGUCGCCUUCGCAUUCCUUAUCGGUCUGCAGAUCGCCAAUUGCUUCACGGUCCCACUUUCAUCCGGAAUAGAUACGCUCUUUGUUGCCGCCGCCUGGGAUCCGGAAGUCCUGAUGCGGCAGCAUCCAGAGCUAUAUGGGAAGAUGGUGCAGGUGUACCCGCACGUCCAGCAGGCGAUACAUGCGUAAUUGCUGCAACCAAGCCCAGCGACGGGAUAGUGCGGCCUCCGAUUCAUUUACGAUGGAUACCCUGUUCUUAUAAAGGAUUCAUUGACGGGCGGGCGGGCCGGCUGGGUACUCGCCUGGGUUGGG